AUGGAUACUCUUGUAUCUAGAUACAGCCGGCCGGCAUAUGAGCAAAAUGAGCCGUUCGAGAACGAGGCACAGGAAAUGAUGGAUGCCACGUCGUCCCUGACCACCAAGUUUGCCAUGCCUCCCAUUUCUCAGGUUCGUCAAGCAGCCCUAGAAAGAAGCGCCCGUCAUCAAAAUGGACGCUUUGGUUUCCCAAAGAGAAUCCACCGAGUCAGAAAGCUAACAUGCGCAACGCAGCCGUCAUCUUGGCUCCGAGCCGCCACAGAUGACCGAUCAAAUCCCGACUGUCCCAUCAAGAUUGCUCACGGCACGACAACGCUCGCCUUCCGUUUCCAGGGCGGCAUCAUCGUCGCUACUGACUCCCGCGCCACGGCUGGCAACUGGAUCGCCUCCCAGACGGUCAAGAAGUGCCGCCUCCACGAGCUGCGACACAAACGCCGCAUCAGCGUCGCGGCCGCCAGCAAGAUCCUCGCCAACCUGGUCUACAGCUACAAGGGCAUGGGACUCAGCAUGGGCACCAUGUGCGCUGGCGUGACCAAGGAGGAGGGCCCCGCGCUGUACUACGUCGACAGCGACGGUACCCGGCUCGCGGGGAACUUGUUCUGCGUCGGGUCCGGCCAGACAUUUGCGUAUGGUGUUCUCGACGCCGAGUACAACUAUGACUUGAGCGUUGAGGAUGCCCUGGAGCUUGGUAGGCGAAGCAUCUUGGCGGCUACGCAUCGCGAUGCCUACUCUGGCGGCUUCAUCAACUUGUACCAUGUCAAGGAGGAAGGCUGGGUGAAGCACGGCUUCACGGAUACGAACCCAGUGUUCUGGAAGACCAAGUUGGAGAAGGGAGAGUUUAGCAAUGUCACGAGCGAGUUGGACUAG